AUGGACGUAGCCAUGCUUUCCCAUUCCAUCUCCAACAUCCUACAAUCUACAAGCUCCCUAAAACCCCUACCAAGUCGUUUAUCAGGACUUGACAUCACCCAGCUUGAAAACAUUCUCACACAAAUCAAUGACAAAGUCCAUAAACACAGCCACUACUCCGAGUGGCUUCAAAAGGUUAAAGAUGUAGUCAUCGAUUUGAACGAUUUGAUGGAGGAUCUUCGUUACAAGGAGAGUAUCACCGACUCAUCAAAAUCGCUUAUCAAAACAGGCUUAAACAUUAUAAAUCGUUACCAAUUCAAGAAAGCCAUUGUCCAAGUCAACAAAGCCACUGAGGAACUCGAACUGCUGCUGAAGGAAGAAAAAACAGUUAUUAGUAAUACUAAUGAGAAAAGAAAGUUGGCAUACAAAGAUUUUGAGAAAAGUACUGAGCAUGUAGCUGUUGGCAGAGAAAGAGAGAAGAAGGAGAUUAUAGAUAAACUGCUGAAGAUGAACAAGGUUGAUACUGCUGUUCCUUUUGUAAUUGCUAUUGUUGGUGUUCCUGGAAUUGGCAAAACAAAACUUGCUCGUCUCGUUUGUGAAGAUGAGCAAGUCAAAGGGAGUUCUGGUUUCCAAGCAAUUUGGAUCAAUGGUCUUCAUCACCAAUUUGAUGUUGAAUCCAUAGUAAAAAGCGUUACUGAUCGGUAUGUUCAUAAGAAACGCGUCUUACUUGUUAUAGAUGAUUUGCGAAUUGAGAUUGAGAAUGGUGAUCUCGAGAAGUUGCAGAAGAAAUUAGCGCAGGCUGCAGGUGGAAGGACUGAUACCGUCAUACUUGUUACAACAACACGAAGCAGCCAUGUUGCCAACAAAAUUGCUGCUAGACAUGUUUUGAAGUUGCAGGGGCUUAAUCAAGAGGAAUCUUGGUCAUUGUUUCAGCAGAUUCAUGGACCAAUUACUUCAACCAAAAAAGUGCAAAGCACCACUGAACCCGAACGUGAACCUGAACGGGAGAUUGUGGAAGGUUGUGCUGGAGUUCCUCUUUUGAUUGUGAUCGUAGCGAUGGUAAUGAAGAAGCAAAGUGGUGGUGGUGGUCGUGGUGACAACUGGAUUCCGAAAGCAUUAGAAACGCUUAAGUUUAUCUAUUACGACAACCUUCCCACUUAUCAGAAGUUAUGCUUCGCAUAUUGUUCAUUGUUUCCAGAAGAUUAUUUGAUUGAUGCAGAGAGAUUGAUUCAACUCUGGACGGCUGAAGGGUUUCUUAUCAAUCCAGAACAACAAUUUGGUCAAGCUUGUUUCAAAGACUUUGUUCCUUUGGUUUUCCAUCAAGCGGAAGAAGAAAGUGACUACCUCCGGUACUGCGGUGUUGUGAGGAACAAUAUGAACAACUGCUUGUAUAGAAUGAAUCCGUUGAUGCAUAAACUCGCAAGGCAAGAAAUCGCUGGUAACGAAAACAUCACCGUGGAUGUGAUGGGGGAAAGGGUUCAAGAUGGAAUGCUGCGAGUUUCGUUCGAUUUUGCUUUAGAUCUUUCAUGUGAGAUCCCUGAUUUGGUGUUUCAGAAAGCAAAGAAACUAAGGACCUUUCUUUUGCCAUACAACAUUAACAACCCUCGGCUUCCGUACGAGGUAAAGGUGACAACAUCAACUUGUGAUAAGAUCUUCGACACCUUCAAGUGCUCGCUACGCGUGUUGGAUCUACAUGAUUUGGGGAUCAAGACGGUUCCGAGCUCUAUUGAGGAUGUGAAGUACUUGAGGUAUCUAGAUCUUUCCCAUAACAACAUAGAGAAGCUUCCUAGUUGCAUAACAAAUCUUAUCCACUUGCAAACAUUGAAACUGUCUCAAUGUCAUGUCCUCAAGGAAUUGCCAAAAGACAUGGACGAUUUGAGUUGCCUCAAUCAUCUUGACUUAGAGGGAUGCUUGGAUCUAACUCAAAUGCCAAGUGGGAUAAAUAAGCUUACUUCUUUGCAAACAUUGUCACUUUUCGUAGCCAGCAAGAAACAAGUCACGGGAGGACUAAGAUCACUCACAGAUCUUAACAAUCUGAGAGGCCACUUGGAAAUUUCUCAUCUUGAACAAGUCAAGUUCUCUCCAUCAAAGGAAGCUGCUAAAGAUGAUUUUUUGAAAAAUAAGCAACACCUCGAGUUCUUGACUCUAAGAUGGGAUCAUGACGAGGAGGAAGAAAGCAAUGUCGACAUUGAUAAUAAAUUUAUCGAUUGUCUCGAGCCACAUCAGAAUCUGAAAGAGCUAUUAGUUGUCGGGUACCAUGGCCACAUGUUGUCUAAUUGGCUCGCUUCACUUCAAUUCCUUGGUAAAUUUACCUUGAACGACUGUCCCAAUUGCAAAUUUCUCCCACCAAUGGAUCAGCUUCCACAUCUCAAGGUUCUCCAACUUCGGAGAUUGGACUCUUUGAAAUUCAUUGCAGAGAACAAUCACACUAAUACACCAAAAUUCUUUCCAUCCUUGAAGGAACUUGCAAUCUCAGAUUGUCCUAAUCUAAAAAGUUGGUGGGAAAAAGACAUACGGGAAAAUGAUAGACCAUCUUUCAGUUGCAUUUCAAAGCUAAAUAUCCAAUAUUGUCCUCAGUUAGCUUCCAUGCCACUAUAUCCCGGUCUUGAUGAUGAGCUCGUUGUGGUGGAGUCGAGCGUAAUAUCAAUGAAGGAUACAAUGAAGUACGCUGCUCCUGAAAUCAAAACUUCUAAUUCACAAUUGAAACCCUUCUCCAAAUUGAAGUCCAUGGUAGUUGAGCGCAUCGACCAUUCUCCACCAGAAAGAUGGCUCAAAAACUUCAUUUCACUUGAGGAACUUCACAUUAGAGAUUGUUUUAAUUUAGCGUCUCUACCACAAGGUUUCAAGUCUUUGAGUUCACUCCAAACACUCACUAUUGAAAGAUGUCAAGAACUUGAUCUUGACAAACAUCCAAAUGAGUGGGAGGGUCUGAAAAACCUUCGUUCUCUUACAUUAAGGAGUAUUCCAAAACUUAAGUCCCUUCCAUGGGGAGUUGAAAAUGUGAACACUUUGAAAGACUUAAGGAUUUAUGAUUGUCAUGGUUUAACUUUUUUACCAGAAAGUAUAGGUAACCUCACUUCACUUGAAAAACUGGUUCUUUCUGAAUGCAGAAAGUUAGAUUCUCUGCCCAAAGGAAUGGAAAAGCUUGAGUCUCUAAAUACUUUGAUUAUUAUGGAUUGCCCUUUGUUAUUGCCAAGGUGUCAACCAGACACAGGUGAUGAUUGGCCACAAAUUGCUAAUAUAAAAAACAAACUGGUGAAAGAAACUUCUCAAGACUUAAUGGAUCACUUGUGA